AUGGCCGAUGCUUCAGACAUCCAGAGCAUCGUCUCCACAGCUUCUUCACUUCCUCAUUUUGAUGCGAAGUACGGCACUGAGAUGGUCGACAUCAUCGUCGGCCCCGAUCAAAUACUCUACCGAGUGCACAAAGACAGACUGUGCACUCAGGUUCCUUACUUCGCUAACCUCCUCAAAAAGCCUAUGACAUCCUCGGAUAACACCGAAGAUUCUCAAGCAGCUCAGGACGAGCUCCCAACCCUCUCUUUUCCCCAGGAGCAACCUGACUCGUUCAACAUCUUUCUCACUUGGGUCUACGAAGGCACUUUACCCACGCUGAAACGCAACAAAGACGUGACCAAACACAGAGGUUGGAAUUGGGAUCCCUUCGAAGCGUACCUCCUAGCCCAACAUCUCAACCUGCCUCUGCUUCAAGACCUCAUCAUGGAAGCUUUACGCUCCGGACAAACCGCGACAGGAAUGCUGCACUCCCUCGAAACCGUCAAAACGGUGUUUCCCAGGGUCAAUAAUCACAGCGCUAUGCAACGCUACCUAGGCCAUUCACUCCUCAAAGCAAUCCUCUCUGCCGACACUAACAAAUUAGAGGCAUUGUACCCUACUAAAGAGAUAUGGAAACUUCUGGACAGCGAUUCGGCUCUACUUAUGUUGAUUCUCCGUUACUUGAGGGGAAUGGAGGGAAAGGCGAUGGGGGAGCCACGGUUCGUGAAGGGAUGCACCUAUCAUGACCAUGAUAAGAGCACCAUGUGUCCGAAUGAUAAUAAAUAA